AUUAACGUGCGCUCCUGUGUGCGUGCGCGUGUGUGUCCCUUUAAGAAACACACUCCUGUUGCAUGGAGAGUCUGGUGUUUUUCCACUCUCUCCGAUAUUACCCAUAUAAGACAGAGAGAGAGAGAGAGAGAGAGAGAGAGAGAGAGAGAGAGAGAGAGAGAGAGAGAGAGAGAGAGAGAAUUAUUUGUAGUUGCCUCGCCGAUUGCGCGCGUACGCAAACACACACCGGCACAAAGAAACGUCGGGACUAGAAGAGACUGAGCAUUAAAUCAACGGCACAGGAUUAUGAUGUCCUUCUUCUGAGCUGAACUUCAGCCUGGUUUUGACUCUGGUUAACUUGCAGAAGCCUUGUGUUUUCCUGCCUGGAUUAACUGUUGCCUGCUUCUACAGCCGUGUCAUUUUGCCUCGAGCUCACGGUAUAAAACCAGUCCAAUAUGUCGACCAUCAGCCACCAUCAGGUCACCAUGGCUGAUAUGGCACAGAAAGAAAAGUUGCAGUGUCUAAAGGAUUUCCAUAAAGACACGCUAAAGCCAUCCCCGGGUAAAAGUCCAGGCACGAGGCCAGAGGACGAGGCAGAGGGAAAACCUCCACAGAGGGAGAAAUGGGCCAGCAAACUGGACUUCCUGCUCUCUGUAGCUGGUGGUUUUGUUGGAUUGGGUAACGUUUGGCGUUUCCCGUACCUCUGCUACAAGAACGGUGGAGGUGCAUUUCUCAUCCCAUAUUUCAUCUUCCUGUUUGGUGGAGGACUUCCCGUGUUCUUCCUGGAGGUGGCACUGGGCCAGUUUACCUCAGAAGGAGGGAUCACUUGCUGGGAGAAACUCUGCCCCAUCUUCACUGGAAUUGGCUAUGCAUCCAUUGUGAUCGUAUCCCUGCUGAACAUCUACUACAUUGUGAUCCUUGCUUGGGGUUUGUAUUACCUGCUGCAGUGUUUGCAGAGAGAGCUGCCGUGGGCGCGCUGCCGCCACAGCUGGAACACCCCCAACUGUGUGGAGGACACCAUCCGCAAGAACAAAACCCUAUGGCUGUCGGCUAACAUCACCAACUUCACCUCACCCGUGACUGAGUUCUGGGAGCGUAACGUGCUCAGUUUGUCGUCUGGGAUUGAUGAGGUGGGUGAGCUAAAGUGGGAUCUGGCCCUCUGUCUGCUCGCCGUCUGGGUCAUCUGCUUCUUCUGCAUCUGGAAAGGAGUGAAAUCCACUGGCAAAGUGGUGUAUUUCACUGCUACCUUUCCGUUUCUCAUGCUCAUUGUGCUGUUGGUGCGAGGUGUGACUCUGCCCGGUGCUGCUGAGGGCAUCAAGUUCUACCUGUACCCUGAUCUAGGCCGCCUCCAAGACCCUGAGGUGUGGAUCGAUGCAGGGACUCAGAUCUUCUUCUCUUAUGCUAUCUGUCUUGGUGCAAUGACUUCACUAGGAAGCUAUAAUAAAUAUAAAUAUAACUGCUAUAGGGACUGCUUACUGUUGGGAUGCCUGAAUAGCGGGACCAGCUUUGUGUCCGGGUUUGCCAUAUUCUCCAUCCUGGGUUUCAUGGCGCAGGAGCAGGGUGUGGCCAUCGCCGAUGUAGCUGAGUCAGGUCCCGGACUUGCUUUCAUUGCAUAUCCAAAGGCAGUCACUAUGAUGCCACUGCCCACUUUUUGGGCUAUACUCUUCUUCAUCAUGCUUCUGCUGCUGGGCCUCGACAGUCAGUUUGUAGAAGUGGAGGGUCAGAUCACCUCCUUGGUGGACCUGUACCCAUCCCUCCUAAGGAAGGGAUACCGGAGAGAGAUCUUCAUCGCUGUCAUCUGUGUUAUCAGUUAUUUGGUGGGACUCACCAUGGUCACUAAUGGUGGCAUGUAUGUGUUCCAGCUGUUUGAUUACUAUGCAGCCAGCGGUGUGUGCCUUCUCUGGGUUGCAUUCUUUGAAUGUGUGGCAGUAGCCUGGGUUUAUGGCGCUGAUAAUUUCUACGAUGCUAUUGAGGAGAUGAUUGGCUACAGACCAAACAGUUGGAUGAAAUGGAGCUGGAUGUUGAUCACUCCCGUGCUGUGUGUGGGCUGUUUCGUGUUUUCGCUGGUGAAAUACAAACCCCUCACUUAUAACAAAGUGUACGAGUAUCCCGAUUGGUCCAUCGGAAUUGGUUGGUGUCUGGCACUGGCUUCCAUGAUUUGCAUCCCCAUGGUGGUGGUGGUGAAAAUCAUCCAAUCUGAUGGCUCGCUGAUUGAGCGGAUCAAAGCCGUGGCGGCGCCUGUGAAAGGAGCAAGCUCUCGUCCGAAAGAGUGCGUCCUGAAGAACAGCGAGCUGCUCCACCCGCUCGACCCUAACGGCACUUACGCCCUCACCAGACACACUCACACCAUCGUAGAAACUACAAUGUGAGACUCUCUAUGAGAGAAGCGUGUUCCUCCACCUCCACCUCUUUUCUCUCCUUUACACUGAUCGGACUGCUUCAUAGUGUGUUCUAGUCGUAUUUUUACACGGGGAGGUCGGAAAUAAUCAUUUACACUCCCAAUACUAUCCUUUGCUGUUUAGGAAAUUUUCUAUUCAUUAUUAUCAUCAUCAUCAUUAUUAUUAUUAUUAUUAUUAUUAUUAUUAUUAUUAUUGUGGUAUUGUUGUUAUUAUGAGAUCACUGUAAUCGUUGCUAGUAACGCUAAGAUUUGUUGAGGUUGAGGCUGGGAGAGACGCCGCCUCGUCCUAGGAACUGUGAAAGUUGUUUAGGAGGAAGUUUGAGCCUUUUAUUUCAAAAAAGAAAUAACAAAGACUGCGGUGAAGUAAAAGUGGUUAGAUUUUUUUUUUAGCUCUACUAAUCAGCAGGUGUGUAAGUGACAGUUUGUGGCAGUGAGGUUUCCUGUACAGCGUUCUUCGUCUUGAUGAAGCUGAAUGUACCUCCGCAUUGUGCGGAAGCUCUGCACUGCUUACACACACACACACACACACACACACACACACAUGCACGCACAGAUAUUUGAUUUAUUGGAGAGGGAUACAUCCUCAAGCGUGUGCACAUUUUUCCCAGUGGUGCCCUUUUUAAAACCCUUUGUGCACUUUAGUAAUCACUGCCAGAUCACACACACACACACACACACACACACACAGUAUAUAUACACACACACACACAGCCAUCGUGUUGCUCUAAUAACGUAGGCAGCUGUGCUUUUUAUAUAUGCUAAGUAUCUCAUGCUGAUCUUCUCAUUUAAGAGAGGAGAUUUAAAAUCGUUUUCUUUUUUUAAUUAGGAAAAAAAAAUAAAAAAAUUCAGGGUUGCCUGAUCACCCUACUGCUGAGUCCGAGGGUAAAUUGUUUACCCGUAGUCCAGCAAUAACCGUCCCUCCUUUUACUGCCUUUCAGAAAGCAAGACACCUUUUCAUCCGAUUCAUUUGUUUGUUCGUUGUUCUUUCUCCUUGCCGUUUGUUCACAAAGAAAACUCCAGACAGCCUCGUGUCCUGUGUAAUUAUCAAGCACUGCCAGUCAAAAACCUAGAAAAUGCCUCUGUCUGAGUUUCAACGCAAUUUAAUUGUAGUUAUACCUUGUUCACGAAAAUCCUCAUUUCUGAUUGGCUGGUACAGUCAACGGUACAAUGAAGCUCAUUAAUAAAGCUCCAGAACAUCUCCACUGGAACACGUUCUACUAAAAGAUCUGUAUUAAAGAUUAUCAGGAAUGGAGAGUGGGGAGAGGGAGGAAGGAAGGAAGGAAGGAAGGAAGGAAGGAAGGAAGGAAGGAAGGAAGAAAGAAAG